AUGGCCACCCCAUCCACCUCCGGCGACCCCGCCGGCGGCGGCGAACCAGUCCCAGCCCCAUCACAAGGACCAGCCCAGCGUCGCCACCCAACAUCCCGCAUCUCCCACAUCGUGCGCACCUACCUGGACCUCUCCAGUUCCAGGAAGCGCCGUUCGGCUCCCAAGAACCAGCCCAAGGCCGACGACAAGGAAACGGAUGCCGCCGCCGACGAAACUGAUGGGUCCAAGGCGGGGCCGUCCUCGUCCCAUCCGUCUCGGCUGCUCCGGGAGCUGGGCAUCCGCGUCUCCCGCUACACGCACGAGGAGCGCCGGGAUAUCAUCCUCCGCUACAUGCAGAAGCGGAGCGGCCGCCAGGUCGUCAACCGCGCGGCCAGUAAGGUUCCAUCGAGGCAGGCUCUGGCAGUCCGGCGGCGGAGGGGUGCUGGAGGGAAGUUCCUCGGCAAGGAUGACGCCCAGAGCUUUUUAUUUCCCCAGACUGCAGAUAAGCCAGAAGAAAAGGCAGAAGAAGAGCCAGAAUUGCCACCAGAAGUCGUCUCGAAUGCUGGAGGAGUACCCAUAGUUGGUAUGGUCUUUGAGAGUGAAGAAAAAGCAUAUGAGUAUUAUGUUAGUUAUGCAGGAAAUAUGGGAUUUAGUGUUCGAAAAGGAUGGUCGGAGAAAACUGCUAAAAAUUCCAAUAGGUCAAGGGUCUAUGUCUGUUCUAGGGAGGGAUUUCGCUCAAAGAAUGACACCAAGGGACCUCGCUCAGAGACAAGGGUGGGUUGCCCUGCACGGGUAGCAAUUAAGGUGACACCUAGUGGUAAAUAUCGUGUAACAGAAUUUGUGGAGGAUCAUAAUCACCAGCUUGCUGCACCAUUUGAUAUUGAGAUGCUGAAAUCGCAAAGAGUGUUGAGCAAAGUUCGACCUGGAAGCCAAAAUGCUAGUAAGAUCCCUCCAGGGUAUAAGAAUUAUCUCCGGUCCAAAUCUACAAAGAUAUGA